AUGAAAACGGAAAUGGUGGAAGGCGACAAACUCAAGCUCCGUCUGAAAAUCGAAGUCCUUGUACUAGCACAAUGUCAUGAAGUAUCGGAUCCAGAAAAGAAGGGCCACUUUAUUGAACUCGUCGAUCGCGGGAAAACCGACAAAUUCAAGUUUAUGGUCAUGGGUCUUGUCGGAUCGUCGCUUGAAGAUAUCCGGCAUAAGAUCCUAUACCGUGAUUACUCAAAGCCCACAGCUAUGAAUGCCUCGUUGCAAACUUUGCAAGCGGUAUGGGACUUGCAUGAGACUGGUUACUUGCACAGGGACAUCAAGCCGCAAAAUUUCGCCAUUGGGAUUGGAGAGUUUGAGAAGGUUGUCUACAUGCUCGAUUUUGGUAUAGCAAGAAAAUAUCGGGUUGGAGAUACAAAGCAAGUAAAAGUUGCGCGUGUAGCAGUGAAGUUUCUUGGCACGAUACGUUUCGCUUCAAGGGCUUGCCAUUUGGGGAUAGAACAAGGUCGGAAGGAUGACCUUGAGUGUUGGCUUUAUAUGCUUUUCGACCUUUUUGACGGCGAAAGUCUCCCAUGGAAGAGAGCAGCUGAUAAAAACAAGGUCAUAACAAUGAAGGAAAAAUUCAUAAAACUACAGUAUCCGAAGAGCUUCAAAGUGGUGCCCGGUGAAGUGCGGCGAAUAAUUCAGUAUAUUGAUGGGAUGGAUUACGCUGACGAGCCUGAUUACCUUUAUAUUCAAAAUGCCCUGAGAGCUAUCGCUAAAGAGAGGAAAAUUGAUCUGACGAAACAGUUGGACUGGGUAGGAAGGAAGAGGGUGAAGAGCGCAGAACCAGAUGACGUACGUUUACGGCUGUCAUUUCGAACGAAAGAAAAGCGUGGUUCUUCAUUGCAGGAGAGCACUACGUCAUCAGAUAUGAGGAAGACUGGUGAGGAGGGUGAAGAGGGAAGCCUCGACUCAAAUGACAAACUCAGGAAGAAGAAGUAG